AUGGAGGAGCAUGCGAACGGGAAAGGUGGUUCGUCCGAGGCCACGGUGGCGGCAACGGAGGAAGAGGAGAUCGUUAUCGGUCCCGGUCCGGCCCCACGCGCCCGCCUCAAGCGCCCCCUACAGUUCGAGCAGGCCUACCUCGACACUCUCCCCUGCGCCCACAUGUGAGUAGCAUCUGCCACUUCCAGGAUCUAACCCGUGUCCGAUAACUUCUCAACCCUCCCCCCAGAAGUACGCUCCAUUGGCAAGCAUUGUGCCGGAACGAUUGUACUCUUCUGUUCGAAGAAAGGGCAGAAGAGAUCUCCUCGCAUUUCCUGAUUUAGGUAUAGGCAUUUGGUAUCAGCGCCCAGGAGGAAAAGGGUUUUUCUGCCUUCUUGAACCAUCAAGGGAACAACUUUUCCUUGUCCCGUGCAGCUAAAGUUAGUCCAUUUACCCGGCAACGCCGUCAGUAUUGCUUCUGUUCUUCCCGGGGGGGGUGGACAGGAUUGAAUGACAUCGUAUGUGAAUAAUUUCUGUUCUCGGGGACUAGCACACCCGCACAGUCCUUAUCAGCUUGACAUCCUCUAGUGUGAUUAUCACCUGACAAUUCUCUCAGUUAUUACAUUUCAUCCUGUUUUGAUGAUCUUUGCGCCUGUGACACCCCGCAGGUAUGAGAAAAGUUACAUGCAUCGUGAUGUGGUCACGCAUGUUGCAGUGUCGCCGGCAGAUUUCUUCAUAACAGGCAGUCUUGAUGGUGCGCAUCGUCAAGCUCUAUUCAUGAUUAAUUAAAUGACAGCUGCCCUUCUACUCCCGUUUGAGUCAACCGGAAUUACACACAUACUCCGCUGCAUUUUGUUCUCAUUAUAAAAUGUGAUAGUGCCUCCGCAUGAGUCAGCUUGAGUUGCUAUCCGGGCAUGUCUCGAAUGGAUUUCCUCGGCUGAAUGGAAACCAAGAAUCUAUUCGAGACUGUGCCUUAAAUAGAUGGAAUUUACAUCCCGUCUCUUUAACUUGCUCGUCAAAGCUAGUCACUACUGUUUAAUCUCUUAGAUUGUUAGUGGAAUAUUGACUCUGAAUUGUGUACCCAUUUGCCUUAUCGAUUUUUCAAUUUUUUUCUCGUAUUUUUUUUAGUUUUUUUAUUUAGGACAGUGCCCCAUUGAAAGCGAGAAGUUAAUUCUAUGGCGAUACAUAGGAACAUACUUCACGAUUUAGCUGUUGAUUUGGCACCAGAAUUUUUGCACAUGUAUGUAGAGUGGGAUUUGAGCUCCAGAUCAUGGAUUGUGCCAUCCCUCGUGUGUUUGCCGAAGACAUGACAGGUUGAUUUCAACGUGAAAGGAAAUGUUUUAAAAUAAUCCCCAAACGAAAUAGGAAAUUAAUUUCUGUGGUUAUUUUUUUUGCGAGUAUACGCUUCUUUUUGGCUACUUGGGUUUGAGUAAGAUUACCUUCUUCUUUGACAUGCAUCAGAGCUUUACGUUUCCCUCUCAUUUGUGUUAAUUUGGCUGCUCUGUAUCAUUGAUUAGUCAGCAUAUUGCACCUUGGAAUAUACGAGUUUAAUGAUGCAGUUCUGCAUAUGAAUAUAUUUCACUCAUUUAGAAUCGAUUUUCUGCUGGACUAUCGAAUUUCCUUGUAAUAUAAUUCCAUUUUUAAAUUCCUUUUAUCUUGCACAGGUCAUUUGAAAUUUUGGAAGAAGAAGCCCAUUGGCAUCGAGUUUGCAAAACAUUUCAGAUCUCAUUUAGGUCCCAUUGAAGGAUUGGCUGUGAGUAAAUGCUCCUUCUUUUAUCCUGAAUCUUCUCUCAAAGUCCGUGUUUCUUGUCCGCUUCCAAUUCUGCAAGUCCAGUCAUCUUGUCUCAUAACUUUCCUCCUUCUCAUUGAUAUUUUCUCCCCCCACCCAUGGAAGCAUGAUCGCAUUACUUCGCAUAUCUUUUCUGAUUGGUUUCUUUGGUUGUGCAUUUUUUUCUUUCCGCGGAGGAUUGCAUUUCCUCUAAAUUGGAACAUAAUUUGUUGGCGGGUUUGUUAACUUUCCCCAUGUUGAUAUAGCUACUACAUGGUGGUUUUGGUUGAGAGGACGAAAUGUUUUAUAAGAUGAUGGCCAGCUCCAGAAGCGAACAUGGGGCGCAAAUUAGACUCGUUAACAUCGUUGAUAUUUUACUCUGACAUUGGAAGAAAAAACAUUCUUAAUCUGCGGGGAUUGCGAGGGGGAUUGGACUGGAGGAUGACUUGCCAUAGCUUUUGAGUGAGGAUGGUGACGAUGGUCCGCACCCAUCUCCCAUAAUAAAACUAGUUUGUGAUCUGUUGAUAAGGGGAUCAAGAUGUUCGGCAUAUAUGACCAACAAUCACAUUUCAACACAUUUCAACAAUCACAAAGGGAUCCUUGUGGCCGAGCAUAUUUAAGCUGGCAAAGAAAGGAGAUAAUGUCAGAUUAACGAAAAUUAGCAGAGUCUGCAUCUUCUUCAGAGGGAGGAUGCUAAACAUGGGAGAAUGCGUUCAUUUUAGAGGGUGGUGGCCUCCUCUCCAUAGCUGUGCAGAAAUUGAAUUCAAGAGGUUCAUCAACGUAGAGUAAGAUUGUAAAUGGAGGGAGUUCCCACGGAGUAUUUCUGACUUUAACAUCGGAUGUCAUUCUACUUCAGACUCAACUUGUGAUUUUGCUAUGAAACAUUUUUAUUGCCGGGCUAUGGUGCCACACUGUUUAUGUCUGGGAGAAUGGGCAUCCAUUUGACGGUGGACAGCAGCGUGGCAGUCUAUGUGGCGUGCCACGUUGAGAUAUCUUGCUACUUGUGGCCUUCUUUGCCAGUCAAAUGGGUGCCAUUUUCUCAUAAAUAUUUUAUAAGUAACGCUAAAUUCCUGGGAAUAAGUUUCGCUGCUAAAUCAUGAACUGGGCCAUUUUGUUUACGUUUUCUUCUCCAUGCACUCCCAUAGCCUUACCUAGACAUCUCUUGGAGCAUUCCCCUCUUACUUUUCUGCUGUUAAGAUUGUCUCAGUCUUUUGUUAUAGGUUGCCCAAAUCUUCUCCUCCAAUGCACAGUUUUUCUCCCGUAUUAAUUGCCCAAGGCUUCAUGGCUAUGCAGCUCUUCUGCCGAAUCUCUAGGAGUAGAGUCUUCUUCUUCUAAGUAUAAUGAUUUGAUGGCCCAUUACAUGUAAAGUUCAUUUGGCCGCCGCACGAGUGGAUAUCAUCCCUGAUGCUGUUUAGGAAUGCAGGUCAGUGCUGAUGGGUUGCUCUGCUGUACAAUUUCAAACGAUCGUUCUGUGAAGAUAUACGAUGUUGUUAACUAUGACAUGAUGGUGAUGAUGCGUCUGCCAUUUAUCGCGGGAGCCGUUGAAUGGGUUUUCAAGCACGGAGAUGCCAAGGCUAAACUUGCCGUCAGUGAUCGAAAUUCCCCUUUCGUUCACGUAUAUGAUGCGCGGUCAGGGUCAAAUGAGCCAAUAAUUUCAAAGAAGGUUUAGUUACUUUCAUGAAAUAUCUUUCAACCAUCUUGUAUGGUGAACUAGCUGUCAUUUUCAUCGUUUUGCUCGGCUACUCUUCUUCUUCUUCACAGGUACACUUAUGUCCAAUAAAGCAUAUGAAGUACAACCACGUGUAUGA